GCCUGAUUGUUGUUAUUGUGAUGUAAAUAAAGCAACACAGAACAAAAAAAACAGCUGAGAAAAAGCAAUAUAAACAAAUUGUUGUUAAAAAAAAGUGUGACAGUUUACAGUAAGUAUCUAGCAAUAUGGUGAAUUGUUCUGUGUCGGGAUGUAGAAAUAGCACCAGACAUGGUGUAAAAAUGAAUACUGUUCCAAGGGAUGAAAAUCGACGAGCACAAUGGAUUAAAAAUGCUGACCUGGACACUACAAAACUCAAUAAAACAUUGCUCGUUUGUGAGUACCACUUUACUGCAGACAUGUGGGAAAAAGUACGUGUAGAUGGAAAAAAAAAAUUAAAAAGAAGUGCUAUUCCAACAAUUUUUGGUGAAUUAGUUACCCAAGUUAGAUAUAGUUCAAAAGAUCAACCAAUUAAAACUCUCCUACAAACUCCACCACAGGAGCCAGUAAAACAAAUAAUAACUAUUCAUGAUACUUCAUCAAAUAAUAUUAUUAUUGAAGAAGUUACUGAGAGUGUUGGUAAUGAUGGUGAUGAUGAUUCACGUGUAUCAACAACUGAAGAUACUGCUGAUGUUAAUUUAACAGAUGAUGAAAUUGAUACACCUAUACUACCUGAUGAGAAUCAACCUUCUCAUUCAGAUAAUAAAAUUGAUGCUUCAAUAUUAUCUGAAAAGAAACAACUUUCUCAUUCAGAAUUAAUACAAUAUGUAAAAAAAUUAGAACAAAACUUGGAACAAUCUGAAAAACAAGUAAUUAAGUUGAAGAAAAAUCAACAACUUUUACAGAAUAAAUUAAAAUAUCAACUUAGAAAAAAUAAACAACUACAAGCUAGAUUAAAUGCUUCAAGCAGUGAUGCAGUUAAGCAAAUUUUCAAUAACGAUCAAAUUCAAGUUAUGAAUGGAUAUAAAAAAUCACCUCAAUGGAGUAAUAGUACUAUAAUCAAAGCUUUAAAAUUAAGAUUAACAUGUGGUAUAUCUGGUUACAAAGAAUUAAUACAUCAUAAUCAUCCUCUUCCAUCUUUGAGAACACUCAGUAGAAGACUCAGUGCAAGAAAAGAAAAAACUGCUACCCCCAAGUAAAUUUAAUUACAUAUAUUAAUUUUCUUUGAUUAAUAACAAUGACAAAUUUAUUUUUACUAUGAAAACAAUUGUGAUUUAUAAUAAUAAAUCAAUUAAUAAAAAUAAAAUUAUUAUU